AUGUUGGAACAGUUUACCUCAUACAAGCUACAAAAGCUAAGCUAUCAAAGGCCUAAGUUUGUCGUCACGUCAAUAAUAUAGAGAAAGGCCUUGAGUGUUUUCUUUUUUUUUUUUUCAUUUUUCUGUCCGAUUUUGUGCGCUCUAAUUAGAAAAGAAACUUUAAUUAUAAAAAUGUCAAGCGUCGCGCCAGCUAUCUUCUAUGAAUCGAAACAGUGAUACAACCUUUCGCACUCGCGUAAAUCGAAGCUGUCGCCUCCAAUCACAAAUUUGGAAUCAGGACCAUCAUCCUAGUUCAUUUAUUCGAAGUCGAAUGGCUGACUCAGGGACUGUUGAAAAACCCGUUUUAAUAAAACCCGAAGAACACAAUUUUGACGGUCACGACAAGGUCCUUUCUUCUACUAUAGCAACAGAAGGAACAAGUGCCUCAACAAAUUUUCGAUGUGAACGAUGUGAUAACUUUGAAACCAAUUCACGUCCAUCUCUUCUGCUGCACAUGGUGCAAUGCUUGUCUAGCUCUUCUAGGCUAGCUGUGCCAGAAGAGCAAGAUCAGGACAGUUCGAAUGGGGUAACAGAUGCUAGCCAUCCGGGAGAAACAGUAAAACAACAAAGCUCAUCACGAAAAGUGUUCGAAUGCGAUGUUUGUAACAUGAAAUUUUCGAAUGGGGCCAAUAUGCGAAGGCACAAAAUGAGACACACGGGCGUCAAACCUUACGAAUGUCGAGUAUGCCAAAAGAGGUUCUUCAGAAAGGAUCAUUUAGCUGAACAUUUUACAACACACACUAAAACGUUGCCUUACCACUGUCCGAUUUGCAAUAGAGGAUUUCAGCGGCAGAUUGCCAUGCGAGCACAUUUUCAGAAUGAACAUGUUGGACAACACGAUCUGGUGAAAACUUGCCCAUUGUGCAGUUACCGAGCAGGUUCAAUGAAAUCUUUACGAAUUCAUUUCUUCAAUCGGCACGGAAUCGACUUAGACAAUCCUGGUCCGGGUGGUCCCUCUUCUUUGUUGCUGGCAUUAGAGUCUCAAGGCUCUGCUGCGGCUUUUGUGCAGAAUUUGAGUUCUUCACAAACUCCUGCUCCAACGCAUAGUGAUAGCGGCGAAUCGUUGCGCUCAACGGACAAUGCAACACCACCAAUGCAUUUUCUAACCCCUCAUGUUGAAAUUUCAAUGACCGAAAAUGGAGAAAUAUUCAACAACAACCAGACCGAGGUUUAUGUGGAACCGCUUAACAAAAUUAAGAUCAGUAAUGAAGCUGCAUCAAAUGCUACAUCACCACCGCCACAGGGUGAACAGCAUGUACCAACAACUGAAUGCAUUGCAAAAACUCCAACAAGCACCAGCAAUUCCACUGUCAUGGUGGCGUCACCUAAAAGCAAUAAUCAUCACGAAAAUCACAUCACACCUUCUAUAAGCCUAAUACCUAUAAAACAAGAGCCUUCAAACGAUGAAACGGUUGACAUAAAAAACCUUUUAAACCAGAAGAACAUUUUAGUAGAUUCUAAUAAUGGAGACAAUGAAUCUGAAAUGGCGUCGCCAAACAGUAGGCUCUCUUCAUUGAUAAAGGUUUCACCGCUAAAAUCAUUGCUGCGUGAGGAUUUAAAACGUCGUAUUUGUGCCAGAGCAAACAACAGGAUCAACCGAAGUGCACUUCUCGAUAAUAACAAUGUAAUGCCAAACGGUGCAACACCACAAAUAGGCAGCUGUAACUCUUCAAGCAUUUGCAAUGGCACUAUAACUUCAAGCGGCCAGGAUACUGAUUCAUCUUUGAACAACCGAAAACAAAUUUUACCAUGCCUCUUCUGUGGAAUCGAAUUUCCAGAUGAAACAUUAUAUUUCUUACACAAAGGAUGCCACAGCGAAAGCAAUCCAUGGAAGUGCAAUAUUUGCGGCGAGCAAUGCAAUAACGUCUAUGAAUUCAAUUCACAUUUACUCAGUAAGAGCCAUCAAUAGUAGUAACAUUACUAAUUUGAAGAUGGCUAAAUAAUGGGUAAACAAAAAAAAACAAAACUCUUUGAUUUAAUUUAGGAAAAUGCAAAUCACAUGUGAUAGUUAAGCUUUCCUUUACACAACAUCUAGUUUCAUAUACUUUGUCCUGUAGUACACAUAAUGGUAACAAGUGGGUUACAAAGUAAAAACACUACCUUCUGCAAUAGAAACUUAUAUAAAUACCUAACCCAUUUUGCAGUACAACUACCAAAUGCUACACCUAUUGCUAUGGUGAACUCUGGUACAAAUAAUUUCAAUAAACGGCACUAGAAAUCUUCAAAUAAAAAUGUAUGUAAUCAUAAAUACAUGCAUAUACAUAAUGUAUAUAAUAUAUUAUUUUGAUAGCGAAAUUAUAAGAGUAGGAAAUCAAAUUUUUCAAAAACAAAAAAAAAAGUGUUAAAGUUAUUAGAGAUAUAGUGUAUAAACACAUUUUAUUACUUAGUACGUUUUAGGCUGAAUACUAAGAUAGAACCCCAUGGUGAAGGUUAUAAAAUAUUUAGAUAUAUAAGAAACACCCUGCGAUAUAUUCGUUUAGCUCUAUAAAGGUAAAUAGAGAAAAAAAAAUAUUUAUAUUGUUGCAAACAAUUUUAUUUAUAUUUGUCAAAAAAAUAAAGUUUUGAAGCUGUAGAAAAGUACCUUUACAAAUUGUCAAAACAAAACAAAAAAAAAUACAACAUUAGAAGGAUAUUACACAUAAUGUCUACAAAAAAAAAAAACAAACAAAAA